AAGAUGGCGGUCACAUACAGAGACUAUACCCUAAAUUCAGCUGUGAUUUGCUAAUAUUUCCCCAUCAAACGCUUUUGUAAGAGCAGUGUUGUGAAAAUACAGCCACAUUCUGUAUAUGUGAUGAUGUAAACCAAGAUCGGUCGUUUUUUUUGUUCGCAAGGUUUUCCCGAAGAUAGUUAUGCGCACAGCAUGAUGCGGUUCGUAGAGAUCCGAAGAUGAGUUUUUCAGCUUUUUACAGAUUUAGCCCUUAGCGUGGUGGCACAACAGAAAGUAAAUUCCUCGAAAAACCUCAGAAGUCGUGCAGUUGAUUCCAACUAAAGAAUCAUGGCUGAAGCAGUCAAGGUGAUUGUUCGUUGUCGGCCUCUCAACCGACGUGAAAAGGACUUGAAUUGUGAGGUUGUAGUUCAGAUGGAUUCCUCUACAGGGCAGUGUGCUUUAAGCAAACCUGGAGAUAAGACACAGCCACCAAAAACUUUUACAUUUGAUGGUGCAUACUAUAUCGACUCUACUACUGAGACCAUAUACAAUGACAUCUGUUUCCCACUGGUCGACGGAGUGUUAGAGGGAUACAAUGGUACUGUGUUUGCCUAUGGUCAGACAGGAUGCGGAAAGUCAUUCAGUAUGCAAGGUAUAACUGACCCUCCCACUCAAAGAGGUGUUAUCCCACGUGCAUUUGAACAUAUUUUUGACAGCAUUCAAGUUGCAGAGAAUACCAAGUUCUUAGUUCAUGCCUCUUAUUUGGAGAUUUACAAUGAAGAAAUCAGGGAUCUUCUUGGAAAGGACCAUAAAACAAAGCUGGAACUUAAGGAACAUCCUGAUAGAGGCGUUUAUGUCAAGGAUCUUACCAUGAACCCUGUGAAUAGUGUGCCUGAAAUGGAGAAGGUUAUGGACCUUGGAAGUAAGAACCGUUCAGUAGGUGCUACUCUAAUGAAUGCCGAUUCGUCAAGAUCCCAUUCAAUUUUCACCAUAAACAUAGAGAUUAUGGAGACAGCUGAUGAGAAGGGAGACCACAUUAGAGCUGGUAAACUCAACCUUGUUGACUUGGCUGGGAGUGAGAGACAAUCUAAAACUGGCGCUACAGGAGACCGGCUGAAGGAAGCCACAAAGAUUAAUCUGUCACUUUCAGCUUUGGGAAAUGUUAUAUCUGCUUUGGUUGACGGAAAGUCAACCCACAUUCCAUAUCGGGAUUCCAAGUUAACCAGACUGCUUCAGGAUUCCUUGGGUGGAAACACCAAGACAUUGAUGGUUGCCUGUCUAAGUCCUGCAGACAACAACUACGAUGAAACUCUGAGUACCUUGCGCUAUGCAAAUCGUGCAAAGAAUAUUAAGAAUAAACCUAAGAUCAAUGAAGAUCCAAAAGAUGCACUUCUAAGGGAAUACCAAGAGGAAAUCCAGAAACUUAAAGCAAUGUUGAUGGGGCAGAUGGAAAUUCCAACUGAUUUUGCAACUGCAGGAGGCCAGCCCUCUGUUCCUGCCCGUCAUAUAGCUGCACCACCACAGGAUCACACUGCCGUUGUGGCCAGGGAAACUGAAAAUCUCAGGAAAGAGUAUGAGGCAAAGCUGGCUGAGAUGAAGUCAUCUUAUGAAGCAGAACUUAUGUCCAAACAGAAGCUUCAAGAAGAAAUGGAACAACUACAAAAUGAUUUCAACAACAAGGUACACAAUGUUGAGGAACAAUACAGUGGCAAGACUGCUUUGACAUCAGUCACCCCAGGAGGGAUGGGGACAGGUGGCCAACAGGAAGAGGGUGCUAUCAGUAUGAUUGCCUCGGCAAAUGAGAUGGAUCAGCGUCCAAACACAGAAUUGGAUGUGAUAACAGGACCCUUACAGGGCAUACAGGACUCGGGCCACCAUCAGAGUGCGUUUCAGGCAGUUCAAGACAAGGCUAUCAAAGGUAUCCAGGAGGUGAAGAACCUAAUACCCGGACUGGAAGACUUACGCUUUUUAAGUCAAGGCCUUCCAAACGAUGUAUUGGUCAAAAGAUUGCAAGAACUUCAAGAAAAAUUUGUGGGUGGCGAGAGAAAAAAUGACCAGAAGUUAAAGGAGAAAAGAAAGGCUAGGAAAAACUAUGCUUUGUCACAAAGAGAAAAACUUGCCAAGGCAGUCAAGAAGAUGGAAGAUGAUGGCAUAAUGGUGAAGGUUUACGAUAAUUUACAGGAUGAAAUAAAAGCCAAGAACAAUGUCAUCAAUGAGAUGGAAGGGAAAUUAAAGUCUGCGCAGUCAGAGAUCGACGAUCUGCAAACUGAAUUCGAACGCGAUCGUGAAGAUUACUUGGAAACGAUUCGUAAACAAGAGCAAAUGAUUAAGCUUCAGCAACAGAUUUUAGAUAAAAUCCAGCCGUGCAUUCGCCGCGACUGUAACUAUUAUAACAUUGACAGGAUUCGCUCGGAGAGCUCUUGGAACGACGAAUUAGGAAAAUGGAACAUCCCUGAACUUGUUAUUACGAAGACGACUCUUCCAACCCCUGGGAUUAUGCCGGGUGCGGGCACCCCUGCCCGAGGCCGGAAGUCCCCCAUUAAUAGACCCCAGAUGAACAGUCAAAGCCAAGCUGUCAACGGACAUGUGGGGGGAUACCCUGAGGAGCCAAGUGAAGAUCUCUUUCUGAAACAUCUUUCGCGGAGCUCUCACGAAGACUACGCAUCGAGUUAUUUUAAACCUAAGAGAGCUGACCGCCUUUUGGCUGAGAAUACCCGGUUUGAACGAUUCGACAGACGAGAAUCACCUCCCUCAGGGGGGUCCCGCCCUCAGCUCGGAUUCCUUGGGGCCGGAGGAUCCAGCGGAAACUUAAACAAUGGGGCACCCCAGGGAAGCGGUGGAAGUGUGGGAGGGAUGCCCGCCAUGGGAAGACCGGUUAGACUAGAAUCACUACACAUGCCUGGGGAAAAGGAGAAAAAGAAAAAGAAACAUAAAAAUGUGGACGAGAAAAGAAAGGACGACUGGUGAUUAAUCUAAUUAGCGUGCUAUCCAAAUUGUUAAUCUCCGAAUGUAAUCCCCGUUUUAGGGGCAAAUAUAUUUGCUAUAUAAUUUGAUUCCUUGUAGUUCUUCAGCAGAACUGUCACAUUCGGCGGAGGUUUAAAAGUUUGACCAAAACCUCUUAAUAUCGUUGUGCGAUUUGACUUCUCUUUGUUGGAGUGUCAGGCAAACAUCGAUGAGUAGACCCUAGGAGAGCCGUCUAGGAAAAAAAAACACGCGUGAGAAGCUAACGACAGACAUACACAGAGCUAUGUAUCAGGUCUUAAACGUGCUUUUGUGCGAAAGCGCUCGAGGCAGCUUUCACAGAAUCCUGGAAAUCAGGAACUGAAAAAUUUCUUAGGAAGCGACCAUGAAACGAGAUCCACCCUAAUAUUCCUUAGUAUUUGUUGAAGUGCUCGUAGUUAGAUAAUGUUCACUGACUUUACUUGUAAAUUGAUCGAGGGUUAGUUUUGCACAACUUUUAAAAUUUACUAUAGAUAGUAACUUCAUUCAGUAAUGGCUGAACUUGUAAAUGGGUCAUAUAAGUUAAGUCUCUUAUUGUUAUUUUGACAAGAAAUUGUAGGAAACUUCAGCCUGAGAAAUAACGUAUUCUAUGAAGUUUUAGACUAGAUUUGUCUGUCGUCAUGGCGACUCUUACGUAAACGCGCUAAGUCGGAGUGGCGUGAUGCGAUUGAGAUGUCAAUGAAAUAUUUACAAAGACUUCCUUUACAUGACAGUUCGAAGUUCGGAGCUGAAAGCUCAUUUUCCGUGAAAAUGAUAUUCAUGUCAAAGGUUCACAUUUAUAUAUGUGUACACGCAGUAGAGAUACUCGUAAGAAAUACCAAUGACGUUGUAAACAAAAAUAGGUCUGUAGAUUAAAACAGCUAUACAGUGGUAUCUGUUGUACAGAGGAAGGGAAUGGUUUCUGUGAUUUAAGAGCGAUAUUGACUACUUACAUAGCGACUAUUUAGGGUAAAUCGACACUUUGUCAAAGUUGUAAUGUAUAUUGAAUAUUCAACAGACUGUCCAGCCUGAAUCUCUCGGUGACCGUGUGUUAGAGAUUUCAAAGUUCUAUAUCGUGUACAUUUACCAUUUCUAGGGAAAAGGCUUCGCAAGAAUCAUUGUGUAGCUCGGUGUAUUUUGCAAAUAAAAACAAAGUGUGG